GUCAAAUAAUCGAGAUCUCAAUUUCAGUGAAAAUAAUCGUGAUUAUCAUUUUUGCCAUAAUCGAGCAGCCCUACUGACUGGGAUACAAGGCAAGGAACCACAGCCCCACAGCAACUAGUUAGAGACAGGACAUGGUGCUGAAAUAUGUUAAAACUAAUACAUUUUGGUCAAAAUGGUUUUACAAUAAGCCAAAACCAAGAACCUUGUUAGAAAAUGUUUAAACUUUGUGUCAGUCUGGCACACAGUCAACGUAAUGCACGCAUUAACUUUUAUUAUUUAAUGCAUGGCUGCAUGAGUAAAUGGAAACGGAUAAAAUAUGAACAACAUGGUCACAUUCGUGAGUGUGAAUUGUCAUAUUUGUCUGACAUUUCUUUUUUACCAUCUAUGAAACAUUUUGCGUAUGAAAAGUUUCCCCAGACACAGACUGGUGCCCGACAUAUCCUCCUCUGUGUGUUUCAUAAUCGCUGUUGAACCUCUCUCCUGACCUCUGUACAUGUCUAAUUUGGAUUCAUUGCUCCAUAAGACAUGGUGUCGCUGACUUUCAUUUCAGUUCCUGUGUAAUCUGGCAUACCAUCCCCUGUUUCCUUUACUUAAGAACAGCUCAACAUCCUUCCAAUGAGAUCAUUUCUGAUGAAGCUUUGAACAGUAAAUGGUACAGUUAAAGAAGCAGAUGCAACAAUCAUGUCCCAUGGCAGGUCUUUUUUUGUUUGUUUGGGGGGGUUUUUUGUAAGUUCCUGGCACUUUUUUUGUCCUGUAAUUUCUAUGCAAAGUUUCUGGCUUGUAGCUCUUUGGGAAUCACUUUGUAGGUAAUUUUUGGCAUUUUUGAAAGACCUUCAGGAGAACUAUUACGCAAGACAACUUAAAAAAAACAAUAAGCAAACUUUGGCUCCUUGGAAGCAAAAAUGAGAGAUGACUUGAGACUUUUACACUGGACUGUGUAUUGCGCUUUUUUGUUUGUUUGUUUGUUUGUUUGUUUUGCCCAAAUGUGAUAUAGAUGGUGCAGGAAGAGGCUUGCAGCCUCCCACUCCCACCGGGGCCACUGAUGACCAAGUCAGAAAGUGUUUUAUCUCCUGUGCGUCUCUCUGUCAGGAGCCCGGCAGAUGAGGAAGGUGUUCACGAUUCAUUUCAGCAGCUAAUUGCAGAACACAGUGACAAUGGAGCAGCAUCCAGUGCCUUGGAGCUGCAGCAGCUGCAGAGUGAUUUGGAUGAGGAGAGUCGAGACAAUAUGCCAUUGAGUGGCCCUGAACAUGAGCAUAGAAGGAGGCAGGGGGCAAGUGAUUUGGAAUGUGAUGGUGGUGAAAGAGAAAUGGACCCCAUCCAAGGUGAAGGCUGGUCCUCGGACACCUUGAAAAUCCUGUCCUCCAUGCCCAGUCGCACCAUUGGCCGCAACAGGGGAGCCAUCAUCUCUCAGUACUGCAACAAGACCUUGAAGCUUAGGAGACGCCGGCAGACCAGACCAUCCAUCCGGGACUUCUCUCCCUCCUCUAGACCGUCCAUACGAAGCUACGGCAUGGAGGGGGACACUACAGAUGCAGAAGUGAGUAAGAGGGAACGUCUGGUGAACAACCUGCAGAACCUGCCUGUGAGCGACCGGGUGAGGAUGCUUCGAGGAAUGCCUCUGAGUGUCGCUGAGAAGAAAGAAAUCAGGAAUUUAGUAAUGCAGAAAGAGAAACGGAUACUUUCCAACAAGAAGCUUUCCUGUUGCAGUCAACUUAAAUACUACAUCAUCAUUGCUGCAAGAAAGAGCUGGUACAGCUGGUUGUCCUUCCUGCACUCUCUCCAGCCGUGGCAAACGCUGCUCAAGAGAGUGAGCGGGCGUUUCGGGACUGGAGUCCUCUCGUACUUUCUCUUUCUCAAGACCCUAGUCUUUUUUAAUGUCUUCCUGUUCCUGGUUACGGGUGCGUUCCUGGUGCUGCCUCAGGCUGUGCAUCCUCCAUACCGGGAUACGACAUCAUUCUCUGGACUGGAGCUCCUCACUGGAGCAGGCUCUUUCUCACAUACCGUUAUGUACUAUGGAUACUACGCUAACUACACACUGCCUAGGCGCUCCAGGGAUGAAGGGGGAGGACAAAAUGCCUCCACAUUGACAAGUGACUCACAGCAGUUCUCUUACAACAUGCCUCUCGCAUACUUUUUCACCAUUGGAAUGGCAUUUUUCAUCACAUGCAUCAUCCUUGUAUACAGCAUGUCGAAAACAUUUGGUCGGAGCUUCAGAAUCAACAAAUCUAAUAGUAUCUUGACUAUGAAGACCUUCAGCUGCUGGGAUUUUAAAGUCAUCAAGAAAAAGUCUGUUCAAAUCAUGUCUGAAAAUAUCGGCACACAGCUCAAGGAGCUGCUGGCAGAGCUGACUCAAAAGCAUACCAAGAGCACUUUCUGCAAAAGGUUCUGUAGGCUGAUGGUUCAUGGAGUGGCAUGGACAAUCUGCAUAGCAAGCACCACUGGCUGUAUGGCUGGCGUUUACUACUUCUCUGAGUUUAUCCACAAGGACCUGCAGCAAAACCAUCGUAAUCUUGACGUGAACCCUUUGAUGAAAGAGGCCAAAUUGUUGUCUCUGCCUACGGUGGUUUCUGUUAUUAACCUGCUGUUACCUGCCCUGUUCAACCUCGUCGGCUGGAUGGAGACCUACGAGUCACCUUCUGUUUUUGCAUAUGUCGCCAUUGGCCGGAAUUUGAUGUUGAAGAUGAGCAUGCUUGGAGUUCUCUGCUUCCACUGGCUGGGUCGGGUGGCUCCUGAAUACAAAAGCAUUGGCCUGACGUGCUGGGAGGAUUUUGUGGGUCAGGAGCUUUAUCGCUUCCUGCUCAUGGACUUCAUCUUCACUCUACUGGACACGCUGUUUGGCGAGUUACUUUGGAGGUUGUUUUCUGAAAAGGUGCUGAAAAGGAAGAGGAAACCAGUGUUUGAUAUCGCCAGGAACGUUCUGGAUCUCAUCUAUGGACAGACAUUAGCCUGGUUGGGAGUUCUCUUCAGUCCAGUCCUGCCUGUGGUGCAGAUUCUCAAACUAUUUCUGGUCUUCUACAUAAAGAUGAGCAGUGUGAUGUUGAACUGUCAGGCCCCCAGGAAGCCAUACAGAGCCAGCCAGAUGACCACCAUCUUCAUCACUCUCCUUUGCAUCCCCUCCCUCCUCGGCGCCUCCGUGUGUGUCACAUAUACCAUGUGGAGCAUCACACCGUCUACAUCGUGUGGUCCGUUUCGUACGCUUGACACAAUGUUUAAGGCGGGAAAACACUGGAUGGAAAUACUGGAAAAAGAUAAUCCCAGCCUGUCCGUGCUGUCCAAGGCUCACACAUAUUUUGUGGAAAACCCAUUUUUUCUGUUUGUGGGAGCAGGCAUCUUUCUGAUAGUGAUCUACUUCCAUAGUCAGGUGGUGGACGGUCAAAGGAAGAUCAUCAGUUUACUCCAGGAUCAGAUACAAAAUGAGGGAGAAGAUAAAAAGUUCUUGAUCAAUCGGCUGCAGUCUGUCCACAAGCAGAAACAAGAUGCUGGAAAACAUCUUAAAAGCCAAGACUCUACAUGUUGAGGCAGCUGAUUCUCCAGAAGACAAACCUCAGUCCACCAAGCACAGAAAUUUUAAACCUGUGUGGAUAAAACUGGAAUACUAACCAGGAACUCAAAAUCACUAUGCAGCAGUAGAUGUUUCAUUUUGCCAAACGCAGAUUGUUGAAGUGUGUGUUGUUAGAAGGAAAAGGGACUGUUUAUUUAUCUACGUGAAUGUUACUUGUGAUGUUGCUGGUUUACUUUAAAGAUGCACAGACUGAUAAAGAGUUUAAGAAAAGGCAGCGUCACAGUGGUGGGAUAUGAGAGGGAAAGAAGAGAACAGUCUGAGGAGCUCAACAAGCGGAUGAAACAGGUAAAUCUUUCUGUAAUAAUAAAAUGGGCAGCAUAACAAGAAAUCUUUAGCCCUUCCUUUUUUAGAAGCACUUUUAUAGCAAAUGUGAACAAAAGUUUAUUAUUACUGGAAAGAUAUUCUACCGUGUGUUAGUAUGUAUGCUGUAGCUGGAUUUAUUACUUGUUGGUGUGAGUGUGUUUAUGUUGUAAAUGAUUUUUUUUUUUCUUGGGUGAUAACUGCCACUGUUCUGUUUUGUAAGUAAAUUAUCUUUUUGUCAUA